AAUAAAAAUUAAUUCUAUAACAAAAAUUUCAUGUUAAAUUAAUCAUAAAUUUAAAUUUUGAGUCUACUUACAUAAAUUAGGGCAAAAUUUACUUUUGCUAAUAGAAGAAGAGGAAGAAGAAGAAGAAUGGGUCGUAAGAAUAACAGUGACAGCGACGAAGACGAAACUUUCUACUACCGCUACUCCUCAGCCUACUCGUCAGCCCCGCCACCGCCAUCUUCCUCUUUGAAUCCAUUCAAAUCAAACCCUAAAUCCAACGGCUCAGGUGGUCUAGCUCCAUCAAAAUCUACCCUUUACGUCUCAAACCUCGAUUAUUCUCUCACCAACUCUGAUCUCCAUACUCUUUUCUCUACCUUCGGAAAGAUCGCCCGCGUCAGCGUCCUCAAAGACCGAGCCUCCCGCCAAUCACGCGGUGUUGCUUUUAUUCAAUUCGUCUCUCGAAACGAUGCCCUCUCUGCGGCCCGCCAAAUGGACAAGAAAAUCCUCAACGGCCGUACCCUCUCCGCUUCUAUCGCCGUUGAUAAUGGCCGCGCCCCGGAGUUCAUUAAGAAAAGAAUUUAUAAGGAUAAAAGUCGGUGUUAUGAGUGUGGGGAGAUUGGGCAUUUGUCUUAUGAGUGUCCGAGGAAUCAGCUGGGGCCGAGGGAAAGGCCUGUAGCUAAGCGAGGUCGGAGAGGUGGGGAUCCAGGGAGGAGGGAGGAAGAGUGGGGUGAUGAGGAGGUGUUUGAGGAGGAGAAUUGGGCGUCGGUGGUGGAUGGAAGGGCGGAUGAGAGGUUGCUGAGUGGUGGGGACAGUGAGAUGGAGAGGAAGAAGGUGAAGAAAUCGAGCUAUUUUAGUGAUGAGAGUGAUGAGGAGGAGUGAUCUGGAGAUUUGAAUCAUCCAAGGUGUUAUCUUUUUGGUGGGACAUCAAAUGGAAUAAAUUUUAUGAUAUCUUGUUGAACAGUAUGGUGAUACACAUCAUUUCACCUUCUGGAGUGUAUGAGUUCCUCCACAAAAUUUGAAGCAACAUGUCCAGCUUUUCA